ACUUCCUCCUCCCCCUUUUGUGGCCUUCUUUCCCAAGAAUCCUUACAUCCACACACGCCAGCUUACUUAGAUCAAAAAGGAAGAAGAAACAAUAAUUAUAAAGAUUCUUUUCCUCCCGAUCACACACUACCAACCCCCAUCCUCCUGGGAUCUGCUCCUGCUCCCAAAGGUUAUAUUCGUCUACUUUCUCCGCAGAUUUCCCGCUAGGAAGCUAAGCAAACCUCUCCACAACACACCCGGAACACCAUGAAUGUAUUCCGCUUCCUGGGAGACAUCUCUCAUCUAUUAGCUAUAAUCAUCUUGCUGCUGAAGAUCUGGAAGACAAGAUCAUGUGCUGGGAUUUCUGGGAAGAGCCAAAUUCUUUUUGCCAUUGUCUUCACCACUCGGUACCUUGACCUGUUCACCAACUACAUCUCCUUGUACAACACCUCCAUGAAGGUGGUUUAUAUUGCGUGCUCCUAUGCCACAGUGUGGAUGAUCUAUAACAAAUUCAAAGCUACCUAUGAUGGCAACCAUGACACCUUCCGAGUGGAGUUCCUGGUCAUUCCCACAGCAGUGUUAGCUUUCCUAGUGAAUCAUGAUUUCACUCCCCUAGAGAUUCUCUGGACUUUCUCCAUCUAUCUGGAGUCGGUGGCUAUCUUGCCACAGCUCUUCAUGGUCAGUAAGACAGGUGAGGCCGAGACCAUCACAAGUCACUAUCUCUUCGCCUUGGGUGUCUACCGUGCCCUCUACUUGUUCAACUGGAUUUGGCGUUACCAGUUUGAGGGCUUCUUCGACCUCAUUGCCAUUGUGGCUGGCUUGGUGCAAACCAUACUCUACUGCGAUUUCUUCUACCUCUACAUUACAAAAGUUCUAAAAGGCAAGAAGUUGAGUUUGCCGGCAUAGUUCACACUGAGCACAUGACAAAGAUACUUUGGCCAAGAAGGAUGAGGGGAAUCCUUCACAGGAAGUUAAAAACAAAGUUUCUGGGGUUUUUUUCUUUUUUUUAUUCUUACCAACGAAGUUAAGUCACCUGUUGAUCUCUUCUUGCACCCUGAACUUUUACCUGAGUGUGAUUUGGGUCAAAACAAUGGAUUGUCCUUCUGCUCAAGAGACUGAUAUAGAAGGGGUGAGGUGGGCAACAGCUUGGACUCCAAGCUUAUAAGGACUACUCCUGGUGAUAUAUAGGUGGUAGGUUUCUCAAGGGCCCUUUUUAUCACUGACCUCACUUUCUAUACUCCUGACUCUAUUUUGGUAAUGAACUGCCACAGGUAGGAAAUAUUUUUAAAAACAACGACAGCUACAACAACUGGACAUCUCCCUCCUCUCACAUUGUGCUCAUGUUUUGGGCUUUGGGUUGACCACAGCUAUGAAGAAAUCUGAGUGCCGUGGGUCUAUCCAGAUAAACAGGAGCACUUACAAAUUUAAUCUAUUUUCUUUAGAUACUGAUUAUUUUUCUCUAUUUUUAAAAAAAUAUUGCUGGCAAGAAAAGACUACCCUAAUACAUUCUUACACUUGAUUCAUUUUGAAUAUUAUUUGAUGGUUAAUUCCUCAUCUACUUUAAAUAAAACAAACAACCAUCAUCCCAAUUAAUUAGUGCCUUUGUGGGAGGGAUGGGAAUUUAAAUAAAAAGAAAUCUGUUUUGUUGCCUGUUUGUAUUGAAAUCUUUGUGUUUCCCAUUCCUGCAUAUUCAUCCUCAUUUCCCAAGCUAUUCUCCUGUACAGUACAGUAUUGCUGCUUUCUGUUAAAACAGUGGCUGCUUUCCCUCAUCUCUUGAAGCUCUCUCUACUCAUUGGCUUAUAUCAGGCUUCCCCAAACUGUGGCCCUCCAGAUGUUUUGACCUACAACUCCCAUGAUCCCUAGCGAAGAGGACCAGUGGUCAGGGAUGAUGGGAACUGUAGCCCAAAACAUCUGGAGAGCCGAAAUUUGGGGAUGCCUGGCUUAUAUCAAACUAAGUUUUACCAGAAUAGAUUCGUUGAAAUUAAUGGAAAUGGCUAACUUCAAUCAGUUCAUUUCAGUGUGCCUACUCUGAAUAAAGCUUAGUUGGAUAUAACCUACUGAGUUUAGUGGGGCUUUCUAAGUUAGCAGGUUGAGUGGUACCUUGGUUUAAGUACACAAUUGGUUAAGCAUACUUAACCUGAAGUGAACUUUCCCAUUGAAAAUAAUGGAAAGUGGAUUAAUCCGUUCCAGACGGGUCUGCAGAGUAGUUAAACUGAAAGUACUCAAACCGAAGCGUACUUGAACCGAGGUAUGACUGUAUACAAUUGUAGCCUUAAUAUUUGUGUUAUAAUAAAACACAUUUUCUGUAGUUGCCACUUUUCUCUGGUUCUCAAGGAUGCUGCUGUCUCAGCAAAAUUACCUUUCAUCUUAGCCAAUCAAAAAUGUCAUGUGUCUCAACAUGACACUAAAAGGGGCCUUUGAGCCCCUCUAUUCUGGCCAGAUGUAAAUGUCAAUGUGAGAUGGAAUAUGGAAGAUAAAUUGAAAGCAUGUUCUAGUCAACUUAAGCUCUCAGUUUGCAUUGUAGACCGAUUUACAGUGUGCUGAUGCAAAAGUAAAUCUUGCCAAGUUCAGCGGGGCUUACUCCCAUGUAUGAAUAUGUAAAGAUUAAAGUCUUAAGCAAAAAUGCUAUAAAUCUCAGGUAUGAAAGCAGCUUGGGAAAUAAUUAAUUGCUGACUUGCAAGUAAUGGUAUGAAAAGUUUUCUCUUUCUUGGAAAUGCUAUGCUAACAUGUCAUGCAUGUUGCUUCGAGGGAGCUCUGCAGAUGAGGACAUGCACCCACAUGCAAAUCUGCAUUUGUAAUUUAUGCAGAUGGAUUUUUACAUAUGGAUGAUUUCUCUUCUAGAAUUGGGGUAUAUUGAAAAUUGCACUCAUACUGCAAUCCUGUGCAUACUUUACUGGAAGUAAGUCUUAUUGAACUCAGUUGGAAUUAUUUCUGAGCAGACAUGCACAUGAGCAAGAUGGCAUUUCCACUCAAACUUCUUUCAGCGUCAAAGACAGAAAACUAUUUCAAAUAGAAGUAAAGCCUAAGAGUUGCCAUAGUUUGAGUGACUAUUCAUAGGGCAAUGAAUGGCCUGGGUAAUGUUUUAAGUUCUAUACCUUUAAUAUGAUUAUCCAGUAGCAGUCACUAGGUUUCUAUUUUGGUUAUCAUAAAUAGCCAGUUGUUUUCCAGAUAUUUGUGAUAUUUAAGGAGUUGUUCCUUGCUAUAGAAAGCUAGUAGCAACUUGAAACAUUCAGUAGUAAUUACUAGGUAAAUUUGAGUCUGUGUGUCAGCAUACAUAUAUAAGCUAAUAAUUUAUAUCUUUCAUGGAACCAUACAGAAACUUUACUGGAUUACCUAGGUUCUAUACUGAUACAGCCUUCAGUGGCUAACAUCUAUUUGAUUAAAGUAGUUAGCAAAAGUGCAGGAUGUAUCUGUGACUAUAGCCUGGUUCAGGCUUAAAAUUGUUCACACAAGUCCAUACAUUAACAUUCACAAGGCUUAAACAAGUAGCGUUGAACCAGUACAAUGGGGAAAGGACUGUAUCUGAAGUGCUGCACACCAGUUGGGUAGCAGAGGGCAAAUAUCACUCCAGUGCUUUCAUUAUUUCCUUGAUUUCUUAAAGCUGGGACUGGCAGCCAGAAUAGCUGCAUUUUGCUAUAUCCAGUUGAGGAAAAAACGUGUGGCAGCUGCACAUGCAGGUUGUCUCCCUUUUUUUUGUUAUGUCCCCUGGCUGUAAUAUCUUUGGCUUUUUAUGACUGGAAAACAACACAUGUGCACAGCUGCCAUAGUAGUGCAGUUGUUCAUAUAGAAGCAGCAAUGUGGGACUAUUCUUACAGUUAACCCUGGCUUUAAAGGGCUAGAAUUAACAAAUAGUGCUGCAGAAGCUGGGCAAGCCUAGACAAUGGGAACGGUGAGUGGGUGAGCACCCACUGCUUUUGUGAAGCUGUGGCCCCAUGUCCUUAUUGUGCUUAGGAGGUGGUUGGUCUCCCUAUUUUUCAUGGUGCUCUACUUUAGCAGAAACAGAUUUACACAUAUAAAAUAAAUGUUCAUGCUUGGCAAUAAAUUCUUUUUCUAUCC